AUGUCUCAAACCUUUGAUUACGUGACUGAUUUAAAUGCAAGAAAACUACAAUGGAAUUUUAAAGUAUAUGUAAUAAGGGUGUGGGAACUCCCUAACAGAUACAAUGAGAGAGAAGUUGGCACCAUUGAAGUGAUUAUUCAAGGUAGUCAGGGCACUAGGUUGCAAGUUUCGAUCCCUAAAUCCCCGUUGAGCAAGUGGCGGGGUGUCUUGGUUCAGUUUCAAAUGUAUAUUAUGACCAACUUCGUUGUUGUUGACAACCAAAAGGGUAACAUAUCAAGAGGGAAGUAUUUAUUAUUCUUCAGUCAUAGGACAAUUGCUAGUCAUGUUGAGAAUCCCAGUUUUCCUCUAAAUGCUUUCCAAUUCAAAACCAUCCGUGAGUUACUAAAUCAUGACUCUACAUUGUUUGACAUGAUUGGUGAAGUAGUUGGUAAAGAAGAUCCAAAAGAGUUGAUCACCAGCAAAGGAAAAGAGACUAAACGACUGGCUAUUAUUAUCUUGGAGGACCUCGAAAACAAUAGGAUUUGGUGCACUAUAUUUGGUGAAAUGGUUGACCAACUACUUCGACCAUGCAAGAUGGAAGGGCUGAGCCACUAA